AUGUCCCAACGAUUAAGUCGUCUCUUCAACCAGACAUUCAAUGGUUUUGCAAGGUCAGGGUGCGGCCAAGGUCGGCUAUCCUGGAGCAAAACCUGUGGCUUACGCAAUACAUUUAUAGCGUCCCAAAAGAGGAGCGUGGCUACUUCACGAUCAUGUUGGCAACAAUGUCCAAACACGACCAUCCCACUACCACGGCGUAAGAAACGCGUUGUCGUCGCUGUCACUGGUGCCACAGGUUCACCACUGGCGGUGGCCCUUUUACAACGUCUUCGCCGACUAAACGUGGAGACGCAUCUCAUUCUCUCGACGUGGGCAGUGGCCACGCUGAAGUAUGAGCUUGAUGCUCCUGAUGACCGAUCAUCAUACUUUGCGUCACUAGCCGACUACAGUUAUUCACCGAGGGACGUCUCGGCCUCACUUUCUUCCGGGUCAUUCCGAACCGACGGCAUGAUCAUCGUUCCAUGCAGCAUGAAGACUCUUGCGUCCAUCCGUAUUGGUUACGAUACCGAUCUGAUCACACGAGCGGCGAGCGUGACACUGAAGGAGAGACGAAGACUUAUCCUUGUCGCCAGAGAGACCCCCCUCAGCUCCAUACAUCUUGAAAACAUGCUUAGGGUCAGCGAAGCUGGGGCCGUGGUGAUGCCACCGGUCAUGGCGUUCUACACACGACCGCAGUGUAUCGAUGAUAUGGUGCAGCAGAGUGUGAAAAGAAUGUCGGAUUUGCUUGGAGUUGGUGAAGACUUCGAUGAAGAAGAGGAGCAAUCAAGGAGUGAUGUUUGGACUGGUUUCGAUUGGGAGACGAAGAAAGCAGGGGAGAUCUCUCAACGUGGUGAAACUCAGAUCGAAGGCGAGGUUCAGAAAGCGUCUAAUGGGGCAUGA